AUGCUAGAAAGUGAGGCAGUCUUGAAUGGAAAACUGGUCUUGCUGCACCAGAAACGUGUCGACGUCCCAGAUUCCGAGACUACGGUUCUGGGGUGUACGCUCUGGUCCACAACACCGGAGGACGCCCGGGAAGUAGUUCUAAUGAGAGUCCAGGAUUUCGAAAAGAUCACAAGAUGGACUGUUGAUGACCACAAUGCUUCCCAUGAAGCUGAUCUUGCAUGGUUGCGCCAUCAGGCCUUGGAGAUUCGGCAGCAGAAUGUUUUCAGAGCAAAGAGUGAGCGGGCUCGCUGGGGCGAUGUGAAGGCGUGGGUAUUUGGACAUACUCAUUUCACUACACAGUUUAAGAGGAAUGGGGUCAAAGUAUUAAGUGACCAGAGAGGUUAUGUACUCCCUAGUAGUAUCAAGGAAGAAAAUACCAAGAAAAACGGUAAGACGAGAUUUUAUGUGAAGAGAAUGACGAGAAACAAGCGGAUCUCCUCCGUCCGUAGUUCAGUGACCCUUGAUCAAGAUCACCAACCUCCAGGUUCCCCGCCAUUUCCAACAAACUCCAACCAACAGGAAACACAACGCACACACACCUUUUUUACAGUCGCCAAGCUGUUACCCACUCGCGUCCUCCCACGCGCCAUCAGGCUUGCACCGCCCAUCCUCAGAAGAACCAUGUCGUCCUUCUCGAACCUCACUUACAACGAGACGGAGCAAGCAGAAAUCAACCAAUGGCUCACCACCUCUGACCGCCUCAAGUCCGCGAGCGCUGACCACAAAUCCCUUCUCGACACCCUCAACACGCACCUCGCCUCUCGCACCACUCUGCUCGGCGCAAAGCCCUCCAAGGCAGAUAUCGCGCUCUACGAGUCCCUCGCUCCUCAGGUCUCGUCCUGGACGCCCGAGCAGCGCACCGGAGAGCAUGGACACCCGAAUAUCGUACGCCACUUGGACUUUGUGCAGAACUCGCCUGUCUUCGCGCUGGCGAGCAAGGUCGAGCUGAAGGUUGACCUGGAGGAGGUCUUGUAUGUGAAGCCGCCUGUUGACGCGAAGGCCGAGAAGGAGCGUUUGAAGAAGGAGAAGGCUGCUGCUGCUGCUGCUGCUGCCGCUACGGGAGUAGAGACGGUGCUGGCGGAUAGAACGAAUGAUAAGAAGGGAAAGGGUGUUGUCGAGAAAGUUACGGAUACGAUUAAGGAGGUCAAGGAUGGAGUUGUAGCAGCUGUCAGCGGGGCGAAUGCUGCUGCUGCGCCGGCCGAGCAGCAGCAGAAGAAGGAGAAGAAGGCUAAGGCGCCCAAACCACCGAAAGCCCCUGCAGUUACGGCUCCACUGUCACCAGCUUUGAUCGAUCUUCGCGUUGGGCACAUCUUGAAGGCUAUCAAGCACCCAGAGGCAGACUCGCUGUAUGUCUCUACGAUUGCGAUGGGAGAUAAGGCUGGUACCGAAGAUACUACUGAGUACGAAGGACAGGUUGUGCGAACAGUGUGCUCUGGCUUAAACGGUUUGGUGCCAUUGGAAGAGAUGCAAGGUCGCAAGGUCAUCGUGGUGUGCAACUUAAAGCCCGUCAAGAUGCGCGGCGUCAAGUCUUGCGCUAUGGUUCUCGCUGCAUCCCCAAGACUGAAGGAGGGAGAGGAGGACAACCACGCCGGGCCCGUCGAGCUCGUUACCCCGCCUGCGGACGCGCCUGCUGGUGAGCGAGUAUACUUUGAGGGAUGGCAAGGAGAGCCCGAGGGAGUGCUGAACCCGAAGAAGAAAGUGUGGGAGACGAUCCAACCAGGAUUCUUGACAACCGCCGAGCUCGACGUGGGUUUCGAUGCGGGGGCCGUCAAGGAGCUCAGCAAGGAAGGCGAGGAGCCGAAGACGGGUGUUGGAAAGCUGGUGACUGCCAGUGGGGGUGCUUGCAAGGUCAAGAGCUUGAGCGGUGGCAUUGUCAGAUAG